AUGAAGCGGCGUUUGGGUGAAGGCGUGGGCGGCAAAGCCACCAAAGUGCAGCGCAUCAUGUCUUCUCUACCGGAUCGUAUGCUGCACAAAGCCAACGCCAUUCAAGAAGCCAGACCAGACAAUACCAUCAAGGAACACACGGGAGUCGACUUGGAGUUUCCUUCCUACGCUGCGUUGACGGACUUUUUCCACGCUCCCACACAAGCCGAGAUUGAUGCCUACCAACACGAUAUUCUGGCGGCCGUACGCUCUUCCAAAAUCGAUACCUUAAGAGAGUUUCACGCUGCAGGACGACCCAUGAAGUGCAGCAAUGAGUUUGGGGAAUCCAUUCUGCAUCUCGCAUGUCGCAAGGGACUUGUGCAAGUGGCCAAGUUUCUCAUUCAAGAAGCGGGAGUUCCCGUGCAAGUCUGUGACGACUAUGGCAGGAAUCCGCUGCAUGAUGCUUGUUGGGUACACAAGCCAAACUUUGAACUCAUGGAUAUGGUCCUGUCCAAGUGUCCGGAUCUACUCUUUAUCAAGGACCGAAGAGGACACACGCCUCUCUCCUUUGCUAGAAGAGAUCAGUGGAAGAGUUGGAAUGACUACCUCAAGAGCAAGUCUCCAGAGUUCCUCAAGCCCAAGAAACUACUGGAACGAUCAUCGGACAGCAGCAGCAGCAGCAAGACUACCAACACUCCUUCCACAGUGGUGGCUGCCACUGCUCCUUCCACUCCUGUGGUCGCUGCCAAGAGAUUCUCUGCUGGCGCUAUUGCUUCCAAGGGAAUCAGUCUUCCCUCCUUCAAGCUUCAAGUGGCUGCCAAGGGCAUUUGCCUACCGGGGUUCACGGACGUGGCUGUCGUGAAGAAGUCGCCCAGUGAGGCCAAGAUUGCCACCGGUGGAGGCGUCAAGCUACCCUCUGCUGGAAUCACCCUGCCCAGCAGUGGCGUCAAGCUACCGGUGCCCACGGCUUCUCCCGUCCUCAAGGGUCCUCCCACUACUACGACCAACCAUCCCGGUGCUCCCAAGGAAGCUCCCGUCCUGCCUCUCACUCCUGCCAACACUCCUGCGACAGGCAUGCCCGCCAUGAUCCGGCUCCCCAAUGGAACCGUUGUGGCACUUCCUUCUAUCGCAGCCGUCUCCAAGACGGGAAUCAAUGUCCUCCUCCAAGCUGCCUCUUCGGCCAAAUCUCCCUCGCCCACAAAGCAAAACCCCACUGCCACGGCUGGUUAA